AUGGAUUCAGAUUUGGAAGCAAUCCGCCAAGCAAGAUUACAACAGUUAAAGAAUAAUGAGGGAGGCGGAAACUCAAGUGAGAGUUCUAGUUUCAAACCUGUUGGUGAACAUAUAGCACAAUUUUUAGAGCCAAAAGCCUUGGAAAGAUUGUCCAGGAUAUCUAUGGUAAGACCGGAAAGAGCCAAACAAGUUGAACAAUACUUGACAAUGUUAAUUCAAAGAGGUGCAUUAAGAAACAAAGUUAGUGAACAAGAUUUAGUUCAAAUAUUGGAUGGAAUUACUAGAAAUGAAAACACCACAAAAAAACAAACAGCUAAAAUUAUUUUUAACAGGAGAGAAGAGGAUGGUGAUGAAGACGAAGACUUACUUUUUACAAGUAAUGCUGCUAAUACCUCUAAUAAAAAGAACAAUCAAGAAAAUGAAGAUAGCGAUGAUGAUUUUUUUGAUUAG